AUGAUCGCAAGAGAAGGGUACCUCAAGGAUGCUAAGGAGUGUGAGGAGAUUCUUGAGGAUAUGCUCAGCUGGGAUAUAUGCUCCUCCCCGAUGGAAUAAAACAAAGGUGGAAGCAAAGUACAAUGAGAUUGGGGAUAUGUGUGAAAGGAGAGAACUUGAACCUGAAGAAGCCUAUCAAAUAUAUAUUCACGGAGUUUGAGGAUAAGAUGGUUCUGGAAUGUGCUAAAUAAUGGAGGCAGGACUCCCACAGUUCGAUGAGACCUCUGUGCCAGACAAGAAAAAGGACCUUGAUGACCCACCUGGUGAGGGGCCGAUUUUGAGGUGGCAAACAAGGGUUGUCUUUUCUCCUGGUGGUGAUGCGUGGCACCCCAAGAACAGGAAACUCAUGUAACUGUGAAAGAACUCGGACUUUCAUAGCAUGCAUUCUGCCGGUUAAGAGAAUUGGUUGGAAACGUGAUCAUCCUGGAAAAGAUGAACUUACAAUAACCAGCGAGAGGCAAGUUAAAAUGCAAUUUUUACCUUUAUCUUCUGGCCUGUUUAUUUUCCGGCCAGGGAAUGACUUACAUUGUGUUUGGAUAAGCAUUUGCUUUUGUGUGUUUUUUUUUUUUUUUUUUAAAGAACAAAAGCAAUAAGCUGUUUUUGCGUUCUCUUCUUUUUCUUCUUCUUUUCAUGGGGUUACACAACAGGGGUGGUUCAUCCCCCAAACCCAUGACCCCCAACCCUGGUCCAGGCAGGAUUCAAUCAAUCUCAAGUCUUCGUUACAACUAGCGGGAGAUUUUACCAACCGGCCAGUUGGCACCUUGCGCUGUUUUUGUGCUUUUACUAUAUGCUUUUACAGUUUGGUAAAUAUUGUUUUCAAAACAAGCUUUUUGAAAGUAAAAGCACAAAUAAGUGUUUUUAUGCUAGCGGGACUCGUGCAUAUUUGUUUAGUGAAAGCUAAAAAAUAGAUUGUUUUACCACAUGUGACAUAAAUUCUUUGUAUCGACCUUUUUUUUUUUGAAAUUUGUAAUAUAGAAAUGACUUGUCUUGCUCAUCUUGCCACAUGGCAGAUCCACAUGUCUUGGAAGUCUUUAUACUUUUUAAGAUGUCACAUGGCAUUAAAUUGGACAUGCCAUGUGGUGCACAGAAGGGCUGUAAAAAGCAAUCAUAGUUAUGCCAUGUGGCACAAAUUAAUGUCACAACUCACAAAUUUUGCCAUGUGGCAUACCGAUUAUUAAUUCUUUCCAUAUGGUAGACCCAGAACCGUCCCAAUUAUUAAUCAGGUGGACAAUCGUGUCUGACCUGAUUAUACUUGGGAUCUAUAAUUGUCUAUGAUAAUAAUAACUUAAACUUUAUUUUUAAUAAUAUAACCAUAAUAUAAAAAUGACAGUAAAAGAGUAAACUGCUUAUAUGUUGCUGAAACAAGUAUUUUUAACCUAGAUUAUCUUAUAUUACCACCCAUGACAUUUACCCUUUUGGAUAUGACAAAAUAUAACAAAAAAUACAAGAAAACCGCGAGACCUUUAUAUGCUAUUAACUGCAUAAUUGUUUUGGGUCUGAAUCGGUUUGGAAUAGCAAGAGUCGAUCCCAACCCAAUUAUUAAUCAAGACAAAAUUACAGAAUCAGAACUGACAUAAUCAGUUUGGCCAGUUCAGUUCUGUUAGGAAGACCUGACAAAUUGACAGUCCUAGUCAUAUAUUUUGUCAUGUGACAAAUUUUGCCACACAUCAUAUUAUAUAUAUAUUCUGUUAUGUGUUAUAUAUUUAUGGACAUAAACGUGGUAUAUAUUUUGCCAUGUGGCAUAUAUUUGCCACAUUUGCACCUUUCAUGUUUGUAUCACAUGUGGUAAAGCUGCAUAUGAUUAUGCCUUACUGUGUUUUGUGAAAAGUAUAUUUGGCUGAAAGCAUGCAGCUGAAGCACGAAGUAGCCUAGUAUUUGCUUCAUGCUUUUUGUUCUGGUUAGGCUUUUUGUUCUGGUUAGCCUAGUAUUUUGCUGCCUGAAGCACAAAAUUAUAUUCAAAAAAGCUUAUCCAAACACCAUCUUAGAUCAUCAUCAUCAUCAUCCAUGCCUUAUAGCAACUAUAUGGGGUUGAAAUGCCAUCUUAGAUAAUUAAUCCAAAUUUUUUUAGCUAUUUGUUUUACCCCUAAAAUUCAGUGAUGAUGACUGUGGAGAUGAAAGAUGAAAUUGUGAAACCCUACUUACCACUUAAAACUAGAAAGUGUUAUUGAGCUAAUGAUUUUGUACUUUGUUUCAUGUCCUCUUUUUGCCUUUCCUGCAUUUGCACUGAGACAUGUUGAAAGGUUUCCUGUUGACUGGUUUAUUUUUUUAUUUAUUUGUUUUUGUUUACAUUAAUCUUGAUCGCCUACAAUUUUUCGUAAUGUGAAAAAGGAAAUAAGAACAAGAAACAAGAAUAGGAAGUGGAGUGCUUGUGCCAGAUGUUGUUGCUUACUUUGGUUCUCUCUUUCGAGGUUUGAGCAUCGGGAAGAUAAUAGAAAUUAGAAAGGAUUGUUUAAGGACUCUAAUUGCCCUGAUUGAGGAAGCUGCAAAAGCAGAUAAGCUGGUGGAGACUCCAGCUCCUUCUGUCAAGGAAAGCCUCGGAGCCAAUUCAGAGUUUAUGCAGAGGAUCAAAAUCCACUUUUGGCAAUAUCAGUCGGGCCAAUCCCUCUUGUGGUGCUCGUGUUAUUGCAUGUUGAAUGCAGCAGAUAAAGAUAAACACUCAUCAAUGAUUGAUGAUGGGUGAGGAGGUGGCUUACUCGGUGGGCGUCCAUUCUGUUGGUCCUACUUGCCCCCAUUGUUGAGCGCAAGCUCUGAUUUAUUGCCUGCUGAAAGCGAUAUAAAUAUGCACCUAGAAAUGUCUCAGUACCAGUAUAUAUGGUUUAUGAGAUUUUCUUACGACGCUCAUACUCUGAAUUUGCUGAGCCUUUUGCUUUCUUCCGAUGAGUUCUCAUAACUAUUUUGGCUUCCAUCAAGCAGAGGAGAACAAUAUGAUUCUUGAUCUGGAUUUGAGUCUCGGAACUUCUCUCCAUCCAGAGUCCUGCUAUUUGUCAGGACCGUCAGGACAUUUUGUAAGCAGUGCAGGAUGUGGUGAUCAAUUGCAACUAAAUUUGCACACAGAAAGUUCGAACUUGGGACGUCCAAUGAUGACGGAUUGCAGCGAUGAAGCGGAGGGAGUGCUCAGUAAGGAACAACAGGCUUAUGUGAAGGUAAACAUGGAAGGUGUUGUUGUUGGCAGGAAAGUUAGCAUGCUUGACCAUGCCAGUUACUUCAGCCUUGCAAUUCAACUGGAAUACAUGUUUGGUAGACACUGUGCAUCUGGGUUGCGAUUGUUUGAGGAUGGUUCAAAGUUUUCUUUGUUUUAUAAAGACUCAGAUGAGAACUGGAGGACUGCUGGUGAUGUGCCCUGGAAGAGUUUUUGAUGAAUCUGGACAGGGAAUUUGUGGACUGUGCGAAGAGGCUGAAGAUUGUACGAAAGGGUUAAAUUAAGUCUCCAUCUUUCUAUUUUCA